AUGCGUUUGAGGUUUGUUUCGGGUUUUGACUCUAACAUAUUUUUGUAUUGUUUUAGAAGUACCAAGGCUCUGGUGACCGUUGCCCUUUUGGGCACCAUCGCCUGGGCCCAAGAGGAACAAGAGCAAGAGAGCUCCUCGCAAGCGCCAACUCCAACUUCCGAUCCGCUAGAUCCACAAAACGACGAUGGUCUUGUGGUGAAACCGAUUGUAGCGAAAGACAUGCGAUCGCGUGGAAGACGUGGUCCGUUCGCCUCCUUCUCCGGGAACUAUGGAUCGUACGGUGGAGGUGGUGGAUAUGGAGGUGGAAACGGAGGUGGAGGAGGUCCCUUCGGCGGCUUCAACGGCGGAUACGGUCAAGGCGGAUACGGCGGUGGCGGUGGCGAUAAUGGAUACGGCGGAUACGGCGGAGGUGGAUACGGAAACGGAGGCGGCGAUUCUGGAUACGGCGGAUACGGCGGAGGUGGCUACGGAGGCAUGGGCGGCGGACCCGGCGGAUACGGAAUGGGCGGCUUCGGAGGCGGCGGCGGUGGCGGUGGCGGCGGCGGCGAUUACGGAGGAUACGGAGGCGGUGGAUACGGCGGUGGUGGAGACGGCGGCUUCGGAGGACCGGGAGCCGGAUUCGGAGGCGGUGGGAUGGGCGGAUAUGGCGGAGGAAUGGGCGGCGGACCCGGCGGCGGCGGCGGCGGAUACGGAGGCAUGGGCGGCGGAGGAUACGGCGGUGGCGAUGGAGGAUACGGACCCGGCGGCGGCUACGGAGGAGGUCAGUUUAUCUUCUUGGCUUUUAGGCUACUACUGAUGACGUUCUUCAAAUUUCAGGCGGCUACGGUCCAAGCGGUGGAUACGGUGGAAUGGGAGGCGGCGGCGGCGGUGGCGGAUGCCCCAACGGAGAAUGCCGUGGAAAGAAGUAG